AUGUCUUCAAGCUCCGAUGAUGAGAAUCCCUACUACACAUUUUAUAAACCCUCUAUCGCUGCGGCUGCUGUUGUAGCAAUUCUCUUCUGCCUCUGUGCCUUGGUCCAGAUAUGGAGAAUUAUCGUGACGCGUCAAUGGUUUGGAAUUGUAAUCCUUGUUGCCGCUGCCUUUGAAGGCGUUGGUCUGCUUGCACGGGCAUAUUCAAGCAAGCACCUCGACAAGCAGAGGCCGUUCGAGAUUCAAACUCUGCUCAUUUUCCUCGCCCCCAUCCUCUUCGCUGCUUCAGUCUACAUGCUCCUCGGUCGUUUGAUCCGCAAAUCAGAACACCCAGAGCUAUCAUUUAUCCGCAUAAAAUGGCUCACGCCUAUCUUUGUCGUUGGUGACAUAUUUUGCUUCUUCGUUCAAGCUAUUGGUGUCGUGAUACUUCUUCGAGCCGAGUCUAAAUCUAGGUUCGACUUGGCCAAGGGAGUUAUUUUGGCUGGCCUUGCACUGCAACUGUUCUUCUUUGCUGUCUUUAUUCUGGUCGCUGUUGUCUUCCAGAGUCGACUUAACUCUCUGGUCCGAGAAAAGCCCGUUCAUUUGGGCGUGAAUCUGAAGAUCAGACUCUGGAAUCUCUACCUUUGCAGUUCUCUCAUCACUGUCCGAAAUAUUUACCGGUUAAUUGAAUAUGCGACUGGUACGGAGGCGUAUCUAUCCACGGUGGAGUGGCCUACAUAUGCCUUAGAUGUUGGACUGAUGCUGAUCAUUAUGAUUGUUUCCAACUUCUGGUACUUUCCUAAGACGGAGAAUGUCUACGAGCCUCCUGUUCUUAGUACGAGCAUGGAAUACCCCUUGACAGAGCAGAGACUUCUCGAUCGUGAAGAGCUGGCCCGUGGACAAUCACAUACAUUCGGGUAUGGCCCUCUUCAGCAUUCGCAUGUUUAA